UUUGAUUUCAAUUUUCAAUUAGCUUUCUCUUCCUCUGUCCUUGGAGUUUGUUUGGUUACUGUAAUAAGUUGGUUCACAGCCUACCAUAAAACGAGAAUCUAGGAAAAAGGGACAGCGACUGUACAAAUCGGAGCCUUUGGUUGGUUAUUAUCCAAUACUAACUUCCUCUAAAUUCUCGUUCUUAAUUUUCAUAGAUUGAUAUUCUAAUUGAUUGGUUUGUAAUACAACUAGUAAUUAAAGCUGGAGGCACAAGCUCAAGCUUUAGCAGAAAGAGGAUUUUACUGCGGAGACUUGUGGUGUGAUAUUGAUUCUAUGGCUGCUCCUCCUCCCCCUCCUCCUCCUCAUUUCCCACCUUUAGAAGAAAUGAUGAGGAAUCUUCAGGUUGAUAAUUCUACUAAUAAGGUUCCUUCAAAAGAGGGAAGUCCAUCAGAUACAACAUCUUGUAUUUCUUCAGCGGGAGAUAACUCUAGUGCCAACUUGAAAGAGACGGAUCUGGAGGGUGAAUCUACGCCAACAGAUCAGGACUCAACUUAUCAGUCCACCAACUAUUAUGGAUAUUACUAUCCAGGUUUUGAUGCUUCUAGAGAAUUUGAUGAUCAAGGAUACUACAUGCCCGCUGAUGGAUUGGAAUUUCAGUACCCUGUUUUACAAGCAGAUGGAUCUCUUGCAUAUGUUAUACCAGCAUUUCAGCCUGGCUACAGUUCGUUUAGCCCUUAUUUACCUGUAACCGCAUUUGGUGUUGAUGGGCCAUAUUCACCUGGCUCUGUGUAUCAACCAUCCAUUACUUCCCCAGGAUAUUAUCCUAAUGCUUUUCCUUAUGGAGAAUUUAGUACCUCACCCUACGUCUGGGAUCCAUCCCUGUUGGUUGGGGAUGCAGUAUAUGGAAAUAAUCACAGUGGACAUCCUGAAUUUCCUGGUUCUAAACCUGGUAUAUCUUCAGCUAGUCAUACCCGUGCUCCUUAUUCAAAAAAAUUAUCACAGUCAGACUUUUGCAAACCAUCGGAAGUGAAGAGCUCUCUACCGUCGUUGGAUGUCUCAUCAGGCUAUGGUGUGCGCAACCAAUUGAAAUCUUCAAGCAAGGCAUCACAACAUGGGUCAACUGUCCAGUCAGAUGCACCCGGAAAAGGAUAUUUCCCAAUUGCAAAAUAUCCCUUGUAUAAUCAAGGGAAGGGUGGAGUGCUCUAUUCAAACAGUUCUGUUAAUGGAAAAACAAAUGCACGGGCUUGGGGUGGGACUGAAAAGAUGAAAACAAGAGGCAAGGUCAAUGGCGUUAGUGAUUUUGGUUUGCUUAGCGAACAGAAUCACGGUCCUAGGACAACAAAUGCUAAAGGUGCUUUCGUAUCUGGAGGCGAUGCUUCUGGACCUUUGGCGACUGAUGAGAGGGGAAACAAUAACAGCAUAACUUCUAUUGCGAGGAGGGAUCAGUAUAACCUUCCUGACUUUCCUACCAACUAUGAUCAUGCGUUUUUCUUUGUAAUAAAAUCUUAUAGCGAAGAUGACAUUCACAAAAGCAUCAAAUACAAUGUAUGGGCUAGUACUCCUAAUGGAAAUAAGAGGCUAGAUACUGCAUAUGAAGAUGCACAAAGUAGGAUGGUUGAGAAGGGCAGCAAGUGUCCUGUGUUCCUUUUCUUUUCGGUAAAUGCAAGUGGUCAGUUCUGUGGACUUGCUGAGAUGGUUGGUCAAGUGGAUUUCAAUAAGAACAUGGAUUUUUGGCAACAGGAUAAGUGGAAUGGGUUUUUCCCAGUCAAGUGGCACAUUAUAAAAGAUGUUACAAAUCCGCAAUUAAGACAUAUAAUACUUGAAAAUAAUGACAAUAAGCCUGUAACCAAUAGCAGAGACACACAGGAGGUAAAAUUUUCUCAGGGUAUUGAGAUGUUAAACAUUUUUAAGAACUAUGUGUCAAAGACAUCAAUAUUGGAUGAUUUUUAUUUUUAUGAAAGUCGUCAAAAGGUGAUGCAAGAAAAGAAAAUAAGACCUUCUGUGCCCCAUUUUGAUCAUAUACAGCAGAAAACAGAUGAGCUAACCACCGCUUUCAAGUCUGUAGAUUUAUCUGCAAGAGAAAAUGUUGAAGAACCUUGCAGGAAAUAAACCCCCAUUAUGGGCCUGGUUGAUGAUUACCAAAAACCAACAGCUGCAUCGGAACGCUGCAUAUUUGAGCCCAUCACUGCUGCUGAUAACAUUACCCAUACAACAUAGAAGUUUGAAGGAGGAAUAAUUUCUAAAAAAAAAAAGUGAUUUUUUUGGAUAGAAGGUGAAAGAAUUAUGAAGAUCUUUUAUGAUGGUUCCACUAGGUGUGAGUAUUUCCUUUAAAAGAGAGAAAUAAAAGAAAAGAGGGUUAAAUCCCUUAGGUUUGAGAAAUAUCAAAAAAAUUUCCCUACUUUUUAGUUAACAAAACAAGUAGAGAGAUUAAAUUUCAUUAAUGCCCUGUAUUAUUUCAAAAAAAAAAAAAAAA